UACUUUUCGUUGGCUACCACUUCCGUCAUCCAUUUUUCCAUUUGCCGCCCAUUUAUUCGCUCCAUUUUUUAAAAAAAUUCGCGAAAACCCUCAUUCGUACACUAUGUAAACAUGGAAAAACACAAUAAUUCUCUGAUGGUAAAGCUAUGGUUGGAUGCAACAACAAUAAUAUUAAUAAAAGUUCAUUUGCCAGAACCAUAUGCUCAAUCUGCUAUGAGGACCUCAAACCCAUAAUAGAAGAUCUUCAAUCCAUUUCUGUUUGCGGCCACGUCUUUCACGAGCUCUGUCUUCAACAAUGGUUUGAGUACUGCCCAAAUGGAAAGAAGAGGAAUUGUCCAGUAUGCAAACAGACUUGUACAGAGGCAAAAGUGGGGCGCCUUUAUUUUCAGUCAAUUAAUGAUCCAGGCGAUUCAAGUCUUUCUCAAAAACCACAUGAUUAUGAGGAAAAUUCGGAGGAAUUGCGAACAGAGGUCAAGAGGUUAGAAGGAAAGGUUGUGGGACUUGGUUCUGCAUUGGAGGUGCAACAAAAGGAAUUUAAAGAAGUCAUUGAUCAGCUGUUCACGUGCAAGGAGCAAUUGAAAGUAGAAGUGACCCUGAAAAAUGAAGCUCUAUCUCAGAAAUCAACUGUGCAGAAGUUGCUUAGUAAGAAAUCAGAGGACCUGGAUAAAUCAACUCUGGAGCGCACGAAGCUUCAGGAGAGAAAUUUGGUCUUAGCCAAGGAACUUGCAGCACUUAAACUGGCCUCUGAUUUAAACUUGGAGGAAGAUGAGGUUUUGAAGUUUGCUUCUCUCGGUCAUGAUGCUGGCAGCAAAGAAACAGUUGAUGUUUUGAGAAAGUCAUUGGUGAUCCGUAACAAGAGUUACAAGGAAUUGAUGGCCAAGUGCAACCUCUUAGGAAGAGGGGAAGCCCGUUUAGCUCAAAAACUUGAGAGGGCUAAAGAUAAAAUAAAAAAGCUAAAGUUAAGAGUCCAAGAACUGGAGAUAGCAAUUGAAGCAAAAGAUAAUGAAGCUUUGAGAGCUUCAAAGAAAAUUGCUGCUCAAGUACCAAAUGGAAUUGAUCCAUACUGCAAAAUCAAGACGAGUUCGCAAGAUCAAAUGAAGGAACCUGAUUUACAGAUUGAUUUAGAUGAAACCAGCGGGAUGCCAGAUAAUUCAUUUUGUUUAAGGAAAAUGAGAAAAUUCAAACCUUCCAAUCCCAUGCUCAGGAAAAGCUCAGUAGAUGAUAUGACACCUAGAAGUAGUGCUGAUCAAAACAAUAAGGAGAGUGGUCCUAUAUUAAUAAACGAGGACGAAGAUAUGAUAUAUCCUUCUAGUUAUGUGCAAGAAUACUCAUUUGAAAGUUUGAUGGCUUCAAUUGACAAAGAGACAGUGAUGCGGAGUUCCCAUCUAUCAAGAGGAAAUGUAGCUUCUAAUACAAACGAUGAAAAACUAGUGCAAAUAUUUGGCAACAAAGAUGGGGUUGAUGGCAACCUGGGUGACCAUGCCAAACAUCCACCUGCUGUCAUUGAUGAUGAGGUGAUAUGCUAUGGUGACUCGAGUUCAAUUCAAACCUCAUUUCAUAUUAGGAAGGAGACUUCAGUUCCAGUUGCACAGGGUGAUAAUUGCUUCUCUGGUGGGUUACUUGGUCCUGAUGGAACUAACUGGCACUUGGGGAAAUGGUGCAAGAAGGCUCAACGGAAGGAAUCAACAACAUUAUCAACAGGGUUACAAGGAUCAAAUGCAAGCACCGGCAAUUUGAUUGCAGUUGGAGCUGAUGGUAGAGGUGGUAGAAUUAAAGUUCUAAGAUCUCUUGGCCAGUCAUCAUCGGACAUUGAGGAUGCUUCGUCUUGUGCAAAAAAAUUCAAGCAUGUUGCUAAAACAAAUAGUUCACACUCCCAAGGAUGUUUGCAGAUUGAACACUUUUUUCAAAGGACAGGUGCCUUUGCUAGACAUUGACUAGGUGAACCGAAAAACAAAAUAUUUAGGUUGGGCAUUGAAGUUGGGACUCCAAAUUGAGAGACCAAGAUGCACUUUAGGUAAGAGACAUUUGGAACUUGUGAGGACAUUCUGAAAUUCCUCUAUGCUCUAUCUUGCACUCAAAAGUUUAUAGUGCUAUACACCAUUUUUUUUGUACCUGGAAAGGGAGAUCCUCCUUAUGAUGCUAUAGACAGCUAUUUGAAGUUUAAUGGGUAAAGUUGGAUACUGAUAGAAGAAUUCUGUAUCAGGCCCUUUGGAUUUGUCUAAGGCCCCAUAUUUGACAAGGCCUAAAAAAUUUGA